GUAUGGUCCAGUGCGACAGAGGACGACACUUAUGGAUGCCACCAGUGAGACAAGCAAGGCUUCAAAGGAGCAUAAUGGUGACGACGGAAAGACAGAGAACACGCCAACGUACACCCGCAUCACCCACGACGCCACGGCAAACGUUACGACCACCGUGAACGCGUCGCAGGUAAUCCUGAUCCACGCCGAAGAGAACAGCACGGUGGUAUUGACUGGAAACCAGUUUAACGUGACCCAGCAGACUCAGACCCUGUCCCAGCAUCAUCACACUCAGCAGCACCGAUGCGAAUCGUGUGCUAGAGCUCAUACCAGUGCCCCUGCUGCCCGUGAAGCUGGUGGUAUCAGUACUCGUACUGCAAGUGGACCAGCUGAACGUGGUGCAGUAUCUUCUGGUCCGGUCACCAUUCAAACGUCAAGCCACGGAGUUCCCAGUGUUAUAUAUGCACCAGGUCCUCCAGAGAGGCUUGAGAUUGUUACUCUGACAACAAAACUCACGGGAACAGUUGGUAGUGGGUGGAAGUUGCUAGCUGCUCCUCUGUCUAUCAGUGAUGCUGAUGUCAACUCUUUUGACUACGAAGAAAGAACGCUCAAGAUGAAGAUCAACAAACUGCUAACACUGUGGGUGGAUAAGGACGAGAGAAAUGACAGAACUAGACUAUCACAGUUGCUGGGAGCUUUAGAUGGCUAUAAUUUGGAACACGACUGUCAAAUGUCGCUCAAAACACUGUGAUCACCAUAUAUUUUUUGUGUUUUAUGGUGGCAGAAAACACACGUAAUUGCAAACACAAGGAAAAUUGUUGUACAGAAGUCAAUAUCCUUUUUUACAUAAGGUAAUGUACUCAUCUCACUACACC